AUGCAAGGAGGAGAGAGAGUGUCUGGCGAUUUGGGAAGGGAUUCAGCCGACGAAGAAGAAGGUGAUGGAGGCGCUAGGGAAUCUCCUGAUCGAGGUCCAGAGGUUCUAGUCCCUAAUGGUUUGCCGGAGGUGGUGAUGAAUAAAAGAUCAUAUGCAACGGUAGUGGGAAACUCUUCAUGGCCUACGAUUGAUUCGCUCCCUGAUCCAAUCCAGGCAAGGAAUUUCCAACGCAUAGUCAUUCCCCAACAAGACUAUGAAUCCAAAAGGCAAAACUUUCGUUUUGCACUGAUAGGGAGAGUGAACUUCUGCCUGAUUUCACUUGAUGCUUUGAGGGAGGAGGCAAGUGUCAACUGGAAACUCAGUAAAGGCAUGACCAUGCAUCCCCUUGGGAAAGGUUUUGUAAUCUUCCAAUUUCAAUGUGAAGGCGACAAGUCUGCAGUAUGGAGGAGGAGUCCAUUACGAGUAGGAGAUCAGGUUAUCCGAUUCCAACACUGGAAGCCUGACUUCAAUAUCCAUGAGAAGCAAACAUUCACAAAACUUGUUUGGAUCCGUCUUUCGGAUCCUCCUCUCGAGUACUGGCAUGAGAAUGUGCUACUAUCUAUUGCAAAGGCAGUGGGUCGCCCUGUGGCUUUAGACCGUAGGACAAGGGAAGGUCUUCUAGGGUACUUUGCAAAGGUGCUUGUUGAAAUUGAUAUAUCGGAGUCGGCUGUGAGGAUUGACGAAGUUCAGGUCGAAAGAUUAGAACUAGGUACUGCUAAAGUAUUUGGUUUUCGUCAAAAGGUGGUGUACGAAGACAAUGUUGAGCGAUGUGGGUACUGCAGGCGAUUGGGCCAUCAAGUAUCAUUUUGUAGAUUGAAGAAAGCAGAGGAUGCGAAGCAAUCCGCCAAGGACAAUGCAACAUUAGUCCCAGGGGCGGUGUUCGUGGAAGAUGGAGUCAACCCGAAAAGGGUUAACUCGGUGGUGGAGUUACCAAGUUUAAGUGGGGAUUUUAUUAAUGCAAAUCAAGACAAUCCCAAUUUAGGGAAUCAUCAUGAUUUGGUGGGAGGUGGAAAUCUCCAAAUAAUUUUGGAAGCUCCUUUAAUUACUCCAAAUGAAGUUGGAAAGGAGGCUGUCACGAUAGUCACUGAAGAAAAUUUGGAUUCAAAAUUCAGUAGAGAAAGAUCUCCAAGAUCCGUUGGAUAA